AUGGAAGAACUUAAAAACGAAAUAGAUAGAGAACAUGAAGGUACAGUAAAUAGAGAAAAAAAUGAGGAAGGAAAGUUAGAAUAUGUAAAAAAAGGUGACGAAGAAAAUCUUGAAAAUGUAAAAAAUGAAGAAAUAAAGGGAAAAAUAAGUUUUGAUAUAUUUUCAUAUUUAAAUAAAAUAUAUAAAAAGCAUGGUUCAUAUGACGAAGAAAUAUCUAGGUUUUUAUCAUACGUAAAAAAAAGAAGAGGAAAACUAAAAAAUAAAGUUCUCUUCAAAAUUAAAAAAGUAGGUAAGUAUAUGUAUAGAACAUAUCAUACUGAUAUAAUCGAUGAAAAGUAUUUAGAAUUAUUAGUAUUAGAUGUAGAAUUAUGUAGAUGUAGAUAUAUACAAAUUAAAACUGACAUGAAUAAUUUGAAAAUUCCAUAUAGAGCAAAGUUUUCUUACAUAAGACGCUUAAAAAAAUCAUUAGAUAAAAUAAAUUUUUUAAAUAAUAUUAUAAAUAAUUGUGUUGAUAAAAAUACAGAAUUACAAGUAAGGUGCUAUAACACAUAUAUUGAAUCAUCAUACCUCCUAGAAAAAAAAGAAUAUGAAAAAUGCUUAGAGAAAAUAGAUGAAUUUACUAAACUUAUAAAACUUAUAAAAAGGAUUACUAUCAAUUCCCUUAUCGAUAACCAAAAAAGUGAAUAUAUUACAAAAGAAGAUGAUGAAAAAUAUUUAAGUAAUGAAAAUAAUAAUAUAGAAAAGACGUUAGUAAAAAAGAGUGAUAUGUUGUUAGAUGAAGAAAAAAGAAUUGACGAAAUGUAUGACUACUUUUUGUCGGUUAUAAAUUCAUAUGAACGUAUUUGUACUUAUAAUAUUAAAAAAGUCAACAUAGGUAAUUCAAAUGAAAAAUUGCAGGAAGAUGAUUUCAUGGAAAAUUUAAAUACCAUAUCAGAACACAAUAGUAGUAUAACAUAUAACCGAUUAGAUAUAGAGCUAUCAGAUGAUAUAAUAAUAAUUAAUGUAAAAAAUGUACAGUUUAAAUUACAAGAGAAUAAUAAUAAUAUAUUAAAAAUAAAAAGCAUUAUUGAUGAUAUAAAGUCUGUUAUUGAAGAUGAAGUAAUUAUAGGUUUAAAUGUAGAUUAUAAUUUAAGAGAUAUAUCUAAUAAUGUAGAAUCUGUGUUCAGUUUUUUAAAUGAUUACGAUGUGAAUUUCAUUAUAAAUAAUUAUGGAAAUAUACUUUCCAAAUAUUUUGAUUGCUUAUCAAUAGUUCAUGAAGAAUUAAUUAAAUCAACUAAUGAAAAUAAUAAGUUAUCAAAUGAUAAGUUAAUGGAUAAGAUAUGGAAUACUUUAGAAAAUUAUUUUCUUUCUGAAAAAAUUUAUAUUGAUAUAGAAAGAACACUCUUAGUAUUAAUGAAAAAUUUACUUCAUGUUUAUAACUCUGAUGAUUCAAGGAAUUUCAGUUUUCACAACAAAAAAAUGUUUGGUGAUCUUAUAGAAGCAAUGCCAUUACUGCAUGAAGGAAUAAGAUAUGCAGAUAUACUUAAACAAAAUACUGAUGAAUUAAAAAGUCUAGAAGAUAAUAAUAUUUUUAUUAAUAUUUUACAAAUAAUAAAAAACGUUAAGUCUUUAUGUUUAGCAUUCUAUUAUGCAUUAACAAAUAAAAAUGCUGAAGCUCAUGUAUUAUUUGAUUUAAUAAAAACAAGAAAUUAUGUAUAUAUAAAAAUUAAUAAUGCAGAAAUACAUAAUAAGUCUUUAUUGCGUGUAGCAAUAUUAUUUAAUAGGUUACAGGAUCUUGUUUCCUUAAUGAAUGAAAAAUAUUACUUCAGACAUUUAUCUAUCUAUGCUUUACAAGUUAAAAAUAAAUCAAUAAUAAAUAAAAAUUUAUUUUAUGUAGAUAAUUCUUUAUUUCAACCUAAUAUGAAUCAUAUUUGUUUAAGUCCUCUACAUAUUGAUAUAGUAGAUAUGUGUCGUGAUUCAUUGUCAAUAAAUCAAAAGGAAAAAUCAUCAGGAUUUAGAGGAUUACUCAGAUCAUUUUGGAAAAAAUAA